CGGUGGUAGACCUCAGAACAGGACAAGGGGUGUGUGUGUGUAUGUGUAUGUGUAUGUGUGUGUUAACUGUAGCUGAAUCACAGCUCACAGUACAGACAGCAGUACUGUAGCGUGUGCCGUGGCGUUUAGGUUUAGUGUGAGCAGAAAUCCUCGCCCUCGUCUCGGUACGCCCGUGGAAAUGAUCCAGUAAUUUAAGCGUAUGUGUGUUCAUGUGUGAUGGCAGAGCUCCCGUCUGGACUGCUGGAGGCAUGUGUAGUGUUGGGAGCCUCCAGUGAUAAGCUCAGAGAGAUAUACCAGCUUCAGCAGCCGAAUAAGAUAAAAGAGCUCCCCCUGCUGGAGCCUGAAGUACUGCAGGUCCAUGCCCCGCCCUUUGUUUCCAAGGAGACCAACUCCAGCCAGGUGAUUGGUCCAGCUUUCAGCCGUGUCCAGAGGAGGAGGAGCUUUAUCAAGAAGAAGAGGCGAGAUCGCUCUUUGGAGGCGUCAGCCAAUGGAGAGCCAGCCAGUCGUGUUGAAGCGACAUCAACCACAGAGGACAUCAGCGUUCCAAAGGACCUGGACCUCAUUGCCCUGCCGCAGCUCUGUUUCCCUGGUGGUCUUCAGUUAUCCACUGAGCAGAGAGACGACAGCUACCACUUCCUAGUUUUUACUGACCUGUUUGGGAACCGAACACAUGGAGUUGUAGUGCAGUACUACAGAGCUAUACAGUCCUGUCAGGACAGCGGUGCCCAGAAUGGCCACAGGUGGAAUUCAUCCAAGUCCCGCCUCUAUGCACCUUUUGCUAUCUGCAUCAUCUCCAAGUUCCCCUAUUACAAUGCCCUGAGAGACUGCCUGUCAUGUCUCCUGGUCCAGCUCCGGCCUGGCAGGCUUGCUGACUUUGAGGAGACGGUCAAAGAGUUUUCAGCCAAGUUGUCUCUGGUCCCCAUGCCGCCUCCUGGACAGCUCCAUGUGUCGUUCAAUCUGCGUCCACUCCAGGUGGUUCUCCCCUCCAGAGAGGAUCAGGACAGGCCUGUCAUCGACAUCGACCUGCAUCUGCCUCUCCUCUGCUUCACACAUGAAACACUGCUGCAGGUCCUGUCCUGUCUCCUGCAAGAACAGAGGCUGGUUUUCUUCUCAGCUGACUGGGCCCGACUCACUCUGGUUGCAGAGAGUCUGCUGCUGUACCUGCAGCCUCUGUGCUGGCAGCAGCCUUAUGUUCCUGUGCUGGCCAGAGGAAUGCUGGACUUCAUCAUGGCCCCUACGGCCCUCUUGAUGGGCUGCCACAUCAGCCACUUUGAAGAAGUUGCUGCUGAGACAGAGGAUCUGAUUCUGGUGAAUAUUGAUGAUAGCAACAUUCAGACGUCAUGUUCUGAAAAUGCUGAGCUCCCAACUAUCCCUCUGGCUGCUGCUGAAAGCUUUAUAUCAAGGGCAGAGUGUCUCCAGCUUCACUAUGACUUGGAGCUGUGCCACCUCGGAGCCGGUACAGACACAAAUGAGCUGCGAUUCCAUCGCAGAGCCUGGCAGAGAAACCUCAACUCACAGAUACAAAACAUCACCUUGGAGCUAGUGGUUAACAUCUUCAGAGGAGUCCAGGACUUCCUAAACUAUGAACACAGAGUUUUUAACAGUGAGGAGUUUCUGAGGACCAGGGAGCCAGCAGACCAGCCCUUUUAUAAGAAGGUGUUAGACACCCAUAUCUUCCACUCCUUCCUGAGAGACAGGCUGAGCAGGAAACUGGACGCCUUCAGCCGCAUGGAGCUCAACACACGCAACCAUGCACAUAGGAAUCGUGCGAUGACAGAGUCUCCUCGGCGUCCUCUCUUGUCUGAACUGUCUCGGAGCGGCUACAACAGCUACAACAGCCCCGAGAACAGGCUGAGCAAGAGGCUGGGAGCCAGCCUGCCUAACCUGGAACAGCCUGACACUGUCGCCGCCAUCAGCCCUAACAGACCGGCCUCACUCAGAAAGAUGACUCCUGACAUUGGUUUGAAGUCUCCCCAGAAAGCGGUGAAGGUUUUUCGUCUACCAGAGUUCCCUCCUCCUCUGGCCUACCACUAUGUCCAGAACUAUUAUUCUGACAUGGUCGCUUCCCUGGGGAAGGCUAUUAACGCCACGCCGCCUGAUGACUCUGCUCUGCUGGCCAGAUACCACUACCUGCGUGGUCUGGUAAACACCGUGUCAAACAGACGCCUCGAUGCCUUGGAGGACUUCCAGAGUCUUUAUAAGACAGAUUCAGACAUCUUCCCUUCUCAGAUGGUUAAAUCUCUGGUCGACUCCUUGCCUGAUCCUGAGCGUGUGCAGGCGGACAGGCGCCCAGAGCUGAAACGCCUCAUCAGUCGGGUCAAAAGGGACCAGGAGCGGGAGCGUGCGCGCCAUGGCAAUGAGCAGGAAGAGGGUGUUGUAAAGCGCUUCGAGCUGCCGAAAAAGUACAUGCAGCUUGAGGAGUUUGUGAAAUGCGUCCAGGAGUCUGGCAUCGUAAAAGACCAAGGAACCAUUCACAGACUCUUUGAUGCUCUUACCGUUGGUCAUCAGAAACAGGUUGGUCCAGAUCUGUUUAGAGUGUUUUACACAAUCUGGAAGGAGACUGAGGCUGAAGCACAGGAGGUGUGUCUGCCUGCGUCUGUGUCAGAGCACAUUGAGCCCAGUGAGUGCGUCUUCAAGGUGUCGUCUUCGGUCAAGACGAGCCGCGGUGUGGGGAAGAUCGCCAUGACUCAGCGACGUCUCUUCCUGCUGACCGAUGGACGUCCAGGAUAUGUAGAGGUGGCACAGUACCGAGAUAUAGAGGAGGUGAAGGUUUCAUCAGCUCCCUUUCUCCUCCUGCGGAUCCCCAGUCUGAAGCUGCGAGUUCGGGGCAGGAAGGACGCGUUUGAGGCCAACCUCAAGACCGAGACUGAGCUCUGGAACUUGAUGGUCAAAGAGAUGUGGGCUGGGCGUAACAUGGCCGACCAGCACAAGGACCCACAGUACAUGCAGCAGGCUCUGACCAAUGCCUUGCUAAUGGAUGCGGUGGUAGGCAGCCUGCAGAGCAACAAGGCCAUCUACGCUGCUUCCAAACUGGCUCAUUUUGACCGAAUCAAGACAGAAGUGCCCAUGAUGGUUCCCAAGACAACUGCUGAGACGCUGAAGCACAAAAUUAACCCCUCCCUGGAGCUCACGGCACCUCAAGCUGUAGACGUGCUUCUGUACACACCAGGUCAGCUGUGGGUGUCUGUGAGCGGGGGGAAAGUGAUGGUGUUUGAUGCCUCCAGUUGGUCGCUCACACACACUUGUUUACAAGUUGGGAAUGCAAGAGUGAACUGCAUGCUGGGAGUUGAUCAGGACCAGGUGUGGAUGGGCUCCGAGGACUCAGUCAUCUACAUCAUCAGCAUGGUGGCCAUGGUUUGCAACAGACAGCUGACUGAGCACCGGGCUGAGGUCACUGGACUGGCCGUGGGCACAGACAAGUACAGCCAGAAGGUGGGGUACUCCUGCAGCGCGGAGGGAAGCGUCAUGGUGUGGGACGUCGCCACGUUACAGGUGAAGAAGCAUUUCCGUCUGUCCUGCGAUCGUCUAUUGUCUGUCUCCAACUAUAAUGGAACUCUGUGGUGCUGCUCCAGGGACAGUAUAAUGGAGGUUUGGAGGAACGGCUCACUGAAACAUCGUUUGAAUCUUCCUGAGCAACAAAGAGGAUCUGCUGCUACGUUCAGCUCUAUACUGCUGUUACCUGAGAACGAGGAGUUGUGGAGUGUGUGUGCAGACUCCGCGGAGGUGUGUGUUUGGCACCUGAAGGACACUACCAGACCCUACCACCGUGUGGCACUACAGGACUGUGCUGGAUGUCACUGCAUUAUUAAAGUUAAAAACCAGGUGUGGGUGGGCGGUGUGGGCCGCAGUUCUACAAAAGGGAAGAUUUACAUUCUGGACACAGAGCGCCACCUGGUGUUGAAAGAGCUCCACGGCCACAACGACAGGGUGACGUCACUCUGUUCUGCUGAGGACAGGUACGUCCUGAGUGGAGCCGCCAAACACGACGGCAAGAUCGCCAUCUGGAAGGUGGAGUAGAGAGGAGAUGAAACUCACAGCGAUAUCGGGCCCGUUGACUUGAACAGAAAGACUUUUUUGGACAAGACGUGCCACUCUAGGGAAAAGCCUGAACUUGGAAUGAAGGAGAACCUUAAAAUAUCACUUGGCAUUUUUUGAAAGAUGAUCAAACAGACAGAAAAUACAAGCCUGUCUGUUGCUGCUCACUUCUGAAUUUUUAAAAAAUGGAAAGAAUAUUUUUGAAAAAUACUAAUGUUUCAUCAUGCAUUUGCUUUGAAAAUUGAACAUCAGCUAGAAAAGUGAUUUCAUGGUUUCACACCUUCGUCUUUAAGCAAAUUGCAGCAACAGGAUAUGCCCUCUGUCUGUGCUAUGUCUAUGUUUAAACUAUGUUGGGAACCCUCUGUGGGCCCUUGAAGGACCCCAUAGCAUCCCCAGACCUCACGUUGAGAAUCCAUGGAUCGCUACACACUUAGUGACUCCGUAGAAAAUGAAGGCAAGAUUCCCGAUAUGGAAGGUGGAACAGAAGCAGGGCUUAAACUCCCACAGCCUGAUAGCCCAACACAGUGUUACAGUCAAAAGGAUGUGAAGGUCAUGUGAGAUGUCGUUGGACUCCGCUGCCCGUCACGUGGCAGUCAGAUGAAGCGGCAAAUUUGAUGAUUUUUUUACAUGAAGUGUCAUUAACUGGGCGAGUUUUCCCGCCUGCUAUGAAGUACCAAGCACCAACAAACUGAUUUUAGGGAAUCUGAGGGACAAAUGAAGACUGAAAUCCACAAUGCCUCACUGAGUGCAUUUUUUUUUUUUUUUUUGUGAUAUGGGCAUCCCCACCUUAUUUUACUAUUUAAUCUAUUAAACCUGAUGCUCAAAUAGACUAGUAUUAUGUGGGGAUGUUGUUGAACUGAGCCUCCCCUCCAAGCAUGAAGUAGCUGUGAUGGCAGAUUUCACUGCCACUUUAGAAACUUGUCUUUUUUUUAUAUUUUGGACUGGAAGUGGACAUUACACAGUAUACAGUGGGAGGAAAGAUAACACAAUAAAAAGUCAGGAGCCAGCCUUAAAUCAGUGACAUUACAAGUGUCAAAUGAUUAGGCAAAUGUAAUAAGUUUGUUUUUGUAAGCAACUGGAAUUUAUUGAUUAUGAAACAGUCAGAACUCAGUCUCUUGUAUUUCUUUAACAGACACUUGUCUCUUUCUGGAUGAGAAACUGAUCAUUAUUUUACUGUUACUAUCAUUUUUAUUUGUUAUUAAAGAGUGCCAUUAGCGCCUAGCAAGCUUCUAUUUAUCUAACCUGGUUUCAACAUGGGACACUAAUAGUCAUUUUAUGAAAACUGACUUUAAAACCGACAACAGCAAUUAAAGUCCAAAACCAGUGUAUAAAACGCUUUUGUAUUUACUUAGAAACAUAGUAGCUAUUUAUAUUCUGUAUAUUUGAAUAGGAUGGCUAACUACUGUAGGUAUUACAUUGGUAAUAUAUCAUAUACACUGCUUUGUAUUGAUAUUCAACACACAAACAGCAUUGUUUUUGGGUGAGGCAGAACAGAUUUGAGUUCACUGUUGGUCUUAAUUCCUCACAUGUGAAGAACACUAUGUUUUCUUUCUCUAGUCAUCAGGAAUCUACCUUUUCUCUAUCCGGUCAACUCUUUAGGAAAUUGGAGAACGUGGUUGUUGAAUUAGUUCAUCUCAGUGUAUUGACAAACCUACAGUCUGUUUUCAGCAGGGUAAUUUGUUCCCAUGUUUAUGAAGUGUUUUCUGCAUGUUGGAGACAAAGGUUCAACAUGUCUUAUGUAUUAUUGUAUUUAUUAACUGCACAUUAUUGUUAAUGAUCUGUACAUAAAAUAUAUAUACAUGUAUUCCUCUUGUAAACUAAACUGACGACAAUGCGUGUUCACUCAACCAUUUUUAUGAAUUUAAUAUUUUGAUGAAUAUUGACUUUUAUAAGACUACAUUUGAACAACCUGUAUAUUGUCAUCAAGUCCAUUAAGGAGAGUUUCUAACUUCUAACUACCAAUAAACAA